UAAAUUGUCAAAGGUUUGAUCGUUUGAUUGCAAUUGCUCCAAUUGUUACCUUUACUCAGUUUGAUUCUGUUUACCACUAAUCUAGAGUAGGAAGUUACUCAUACUAGACUUUAUCAAGAAUUGUCUGUUUAUUGUUUAACAUCAACCUUCUUCGCUUUUCAUUCCUACUUCCAUCUUCGUCUAUAUCUUCACAAUUUUCAUCAUUUCUCACAUUGAUUAACUCACUUUUGCCUCCUCACUCAACAACCGUUGGCUAAACUGAAUAAAAGUUCAAGUUGAACCAUCCAAUUUCAACUAAUUUACAGAAUGCUGUUUAACCAACCAACAACAACACCAUUAUCAUUAACUAACAAUCAUCUCCACAUCUAAUCCUCUAUUUGUGUUCAUCUAUUCAGUAUUAGUGUUAUAACAAUCUAAAUUGAUUAAUUGGCUUCAAUACUUGACAAACUUUGAGCUUUUUCGUUGGUUUUACAGCUUCUGUUGUCCGACAGUUUCAUUUGUUUACACAUUUUACAACAUAACGUUCUUCACUUUUCACCAUGUCUAUUGUUCAUUUUGUUUUCUUUUCAUUCCUUUUUAUUGGCAUUUCAUUUGUAAAUGUAACCUACAGCUGGUCAAUUGAUGAUGUUAAUCCAGUAGUGAGUACUCGUUAUGGUCACAUCCGAGGUCGAAGAGACACUCCAGUGGGAAAUUAUCCAAGUGAUUUGAGAAUCACUUCCUUCAUUGGUAUACCUUAUGCGUCUCCACCAGUGGGUAGCGGUCGGUUUUCUAACCCAAAAGAACCAGUAAAAUGGUCUGGUUUCCUGGACGCUACCAAUCGUCGAGUUAUGUGUCCACAGGUUGAACAGAGAUUCCGACUUGAGUCAGACCCUCAAAUUGGUGAAUCUGAAGAUUGUCUUUAUCUCAAUGUUCAAGUUCUUAGUCGAGGUCCAGUUACAGCGAAUGCUCCUGUUGUAGUUUAUUUACAUGGUGGAGAGUUCAAGUAUGGAGGCAAAGAUUUCUAUUAUCUGGAUGUUUUACCUCAAAACCUUAACUCUCUUGUGUUUGUAACUAUCAACUAUCGAUUAGGACCUUUGGGUUUCCUUUCUACUGACACUAAUGAAGUUCACGGUAAUUAUGGGUUACGAGAUAUAAUUAUGGCUCUACAAUGGGUGCAAUCCGAAAUAUCUCAAUUCCAUGGAGACACGAAUUCAGUUGUUCUUAUGGGCCAUGAUGCUGGUGCGAUUGCCGCUAACAUGCUUA